AUGGACAUCGAGAACGCCAAGAAGCACCUGAGCGACCUGCAGAAGGAGAGGAGGAAGAAGAAGAUUUCGCUGCCGCGUGUUUUGAAGGGGAAAGUAGUCAUAAGAGAGCAGCCGCGGGAAAAUGCCCUUAGGGGAGAGCACCCAUGGGAAGACGUGCUGGAGAAGCACUUCCCCCAUUUAUUUAAGAAGCCCGUGAUUCACUUAUGCGCAGAGGAUGCAGUGGCUGAGGCGCUGCAUAACGGCGUUGAUAAGAAAAAGUCCUUCGACGAGACAGACUCGACCAAACUGGCAGACGACACAUGCGCAGGGGGGAACUGCUGCACAGAGCAUUCCACACUCCAGGAGCUGCUCGACAUGAGCACACAGGAUGGUGAUACGAUAAACAUGGGCGUAUUGUUCACCGGUUUGCCGGCACCAGGAGGACACAACAUCGUAUGUGGGAUGCUAGACAGUCUCAAGAAGAAGAAUAAAAAAAACACCCUAUAUGGUUUCAUCAACGGUUUUGAAGGCGUGAAAAACUACUCCUUCAUGGAGCUCAAAAAUGAAUACAUUAGUAUGUUUAGAAACAGUGGAGGGUUGGACAUGCUGAAGAGUAGCUCGUUUCAUUUUUUAAGUGAGAGUGGAAAGAGGAAGUGCUUUAAGAUUUGCAGGCAGUUGAACUUGACCGGGCUGAUUAUCGUAGGGGGGGUAGACAGCCAGAAACAAAUCACCGAGUUAGCGGAGUACUUUGAACAUGUGCACUUCUUAGCGAGGGCAGCUGAGCGUGAGAGUGAAGAACAGGGGGACGACCCUACAUACCAAAUUGUGAGUGACCUAAGCGACGCAGAAAUAAAGGCCAAGUAUCCUCGACGAGGAAAGAAACGAAGCAGGAAAAAAACAUGUAUCGUGUGCGCACCGAAAAGUGUGCACAACGAGAUAGACAGCGACUUAGUAGAAUGCGCACUUGGAUUUGACACGACCGUUUUUACCUACUGCCAAUACAUAAGCUACUUAACAUCUCAUGUGAGGACAUACCAGACUGGGUACCAUUUUGUUCGGGUCAUUGGUAACUCCUCAAGUCAUGUGGCCCUCGAGUGCUUCCUACAAACUAAGGCAAACGUAGUUCUAAUCAGCGAAGAAAUUAAAAAAAAAAAAAAAAAGCUAAAGGAUGUAAUCGACUUCAUGGUCCACAUGGUGCAGAAGAGGUACGACCUGUUCAGCAAGAGGUAUGGCAUUGUCAUUGUGCCUGAGGGGCUAUUGGGUAAAAUUGGAGAAUUUAAAAAAAUGGUUAGGAGCCUCCUCUGGGCCAAGAAGCGCGCUCUUCACAGCGUACCAAAUGUGGACGAUGCGGGAGCGCGGAUACUUGCCCAGUUCUAUGCGGACUGCGCGACCAGCGCAGGCGGUGCACACGACGCGACAAGUCCUGACGGUGCGACAAGUACAGACAGUGCGGAACUGUUCCGGUCCCUGCCCGACUUUUUCCAGAAGACUCUCCUGGAGGAGAUCCAGUCGGACACGUUCAAGUACUCCCGCCUAAAGACAGAAGAACUGCUCCUAGCCUGCGUGAAGGAAAAAAUAGAACAGACCCAUAUGAGAGACCUCCACUUCGUCUCACACGCAUACACGAAUGAGGUUACCUGUUCUCUACCCUCCAAUUUCGACUCUUCUUAUAGUUACCUGCUAGGUAUGGGGUGUGUUGAAAUAGCCCACAAUAACUGCAACGGGUAUUUAUGCUCUAUUAGGAAAAUAAAAAAUUUGUUACUCAAUGUGGAGAAGGUGCAGCUGGUGGGGGUACCCCUGUGUAGCUUGUUACGGGUGAAGGAGGGGAAGACAUGGAGUUUAGUACCUGAGGAGGGACACAACCACAUUUCUUCCGCAGCGCACAAGAGUGAACAUGUUGGUCAUGAUGAAAAAUUGGUGUUUGUUAAAAGAGAUAAAGUCAACCUAGACAGUGCGUACUUUCUCACUUAUAAAAAGCACCGCUCUGCGCUGCUCUAUGGAGACAUGUACCGGACCCAUGGGGGGAUUCAAUUCGAGCGGAGCGUGGCAGACGAUGGGGAGGAAAACUCGGUAGACUCCCUCAUUAAGCUGAACAAGGUUUUUUCUAAUACGUUUUCCACGUGGGAUUCCAAGUGGGGGGAGCUGUUCAAUCGGGUCAACUUUACCGUGUCUGGGUUGAGUGGCGGCUAUUUGGUGGAGUCGAGCGACGCUAACGGCAACGCGAACCACCCAUCGCGUGGCUGCCCCUCCGACAUAGAGAAGGCCCUGAGCAGCACCCCGGUAAAGUUCAACACAAACCUCAUGCGACAGAACAGCGAAAUUGCCCACGUGGAGAGCCACUUCGAAUCGAAGCUAAAUUACACCCCAUUUGAACACAUACACAGGAUACGAGAUUUAUACGUGGUUAGAACGCCACAGGGGAAUGUUAAGGGGAGUGUGAAGGGGAGAAGCAGGUGCGGCGACAACAUCUCCGUUCAAGAAAAGAAAAACGUGGGAGUUGCCAUCCUUUCGCACCCCGUCCCAGGGGUUAAUAACGUUUUAGUGGGGCUUCACGAACGAUUAUCCAUGAGCAACAUAACACUGAUCGGUUUUGUUAAAGGCAUAAAAGGAUUACUCACUAAUGAAACGUAUAUUCUUAAAGAUAAUCAUAUGAGUGCUUGUAAGAAUUUAGGAGGAGCUUCCUUGUUGGGUGUUCAACUCAAAUGGAAAAAAGACAAUGGAGAAGUCAUUCGUGUGAAUAACCUCGUUCAGGAAAAAUACAUCAAGCAAAUAAUUAGCAAUUGCGAACAGAAGAAAAUAAGACACUUGGUCUUCAUAGGAGAUGAAAAAGUCAUUACUGUUAUGAAUAUUUUGAAUGAGUAUUUUAUAAAAGACAAACAUGAUCUUAUAAUCAUCACGGUUCCAGUCUCCUUAUACAAUAGCUUCUACACACAUUUGAUCGAAUGUAGUAUGGGGUACCAUUCCAUCAUUUAUACCAUUAGUGAUAUGAUUGGAAAUUUGCAGAGCUCUGCUGUGAAUACAAGUAACUAUUAUUAUUUUGUUAAGGUACCCACCAACCUAUCCUCAUUAUCCUUGCUGUCUGUUCAAUUAGAAACCCAUUGUAAUAUUUGCUUAGUGGGGGAAUGUAUAGAAUAUCAAAUGCUGAGUCUGGAGGAGGUGGUGGGACAUAUUUGUAAUAUUAUCGUUGAGCGAAUCAACAGGAAGAAAUAUUACGGUACCAUUUUGUUCAGCUCCAAUUUGCUUCUAAACAUUAGUGACUUCUCUCGGCUGAUUGCAGACGUGGAGGAGAACGUGCAGGAUGGCGACGAGCUGGACAGACUUAUAAAGGAGGCGGACGUCCCCGACGGGCCGCUGAGCAGACUGACCAAGGAAAGCGCAGAGCUGCUGCGCAUCUGUACCAGGUCCAUGAAGGAGAAGCUACUACGCAAGGAGAACCGAUACGAUGAUGAGGUCGACUCUAAUUUUGAAAAUUUUCUCAUCGACCGGAUCAAAAAACACAUAACCCAACUAAUGGAACAGGCGAAGCAAAGCAACGAACCCUAUUCCUUCCAUGAACACAUGAAAUAUGUACAUACAAACGUCAUGGCAAGGAAUGUGAAACUUUAUAAUGACCUAAACUACCUCCAGCAUUUCAACUGUGUAAUUAAAAAUAUAGACCGAGAAAUAAAUUGCUGCAUCCCAACCCACUUUGAUAAUUCCUUGGCCUUUUCACAUGGACUGCUGGCUGGCAUUGCAAUUGAAAAUGACUUGGUCAAUUACGUCACCUCCAUCAGGCACCUACAUUUGAAUAAGAGAAACUGGAGCAGCUCCCUCUACCCCGGUUUCUACUUUGUGAAUCGAGAUGAUGCAGGGGGCGUAGCCGGGUACCCCUACGCCGCGCCCGUGCCCGUGUCGGUGAAGUCGAGUCAAAUGGCUACCAUCAAGCAUAAUGCGGAAACGUGGGCAUACAACGACUGCUACAUCUUCGUCGGGCCGUACCAACAUGAAGUGAACACAGACAGCCCCGGAUGUUCCUCACACAUUUUUUAA